GAUGGAUGGAGGCAGCUUUGACGCGAGGAAAUGGACGGACCCUGCAUGCGUCGGUGUUCGUGCCGCGCUCUGAUGAUCACGCGCUCACGCAGGCCUACUCCAAGUUGGCUUCUUCCUGAUGCCUGCGCCGCUGCUGCUCUCUUAAAUCCUAAUGGCGGUGAUCGGCGCGCGACGCCUGCGGAUUUGGGAGGCUGCUUUGCUUCUGUUUUUCUGGGAGGAUAAGGAGGCGUUGUAUAAAUAGGGAUUGACGUGCUCCCCGCGUCACGGGCGGUGAUGUGGAUCGGAGCUGUGGUGGCGCCGACGACGACGCCGAUGGUACCUUCGGAGCACGCGCUGGCGGCGGAGAACGCGGCGAUCGUGUCCGCGCUCACGCACGUCGUCGCCAGCGGGCGCGGGCCGCCGCUCCCGCCGCCGGCGAUCGUCGUGCCGUGGCAACACGCGGGCGACGGCUGCAGCGGCGCCGCCGGCCAGGGCCAGGAGCAGCUCGCCGGUGCGGCGGGGCGGGGGGCGGCGCCGCCGGCGAGGAAGUACCGCGGCGUGAGGCGGCGGCCGUGGGGGAAGUGGGCGGCGGAGAUCCGGGACCCGCAGAAGGCGGCGCGGGUGUGGCUCGGCACCUUCGCCACCGCCGAGGACGCCGCGCGCGCCUACGACGCCGCCGCGGUCCGCUUCCGCGGCAGCCGCGCCAGGCUCAACUUCCCCGAGGACGCCGCCGCGCGCCGCGCCAGGGACGCCGAGGCGGCCUCCGCCGCGGCCAGUGCGGGGCCGCCCGCCGCGCUGCUCGAGUCGCAGGCCGCCGGAGCCGGAGCCGGAAGCGGCGACGACAUGGCCGACUACCUCGAGUACUCGAGAAUCCUGGAAGGGGGCGAGCCCAGCGGCAUCAUGGACGGGCUCUUCGGCGGCGACGGCAACGGGCGCUUCCUGGGGUCGUGGAGCAUUGGGACCUCGCCGCCGUCAUCGGGCUCUGGCGCAGCCGCCUCGUCUCCUCUGUUUCGUCACAGUGAUGGCGGGAAGCAGAGCAGCAAUAAUAGUGCCGCCUAUGGAGAUUGAUUUGAGAAUUUUUUUCCUAGUAUUUGUAAACAAAAAAACAGUAGCCGAAUUUAUUUAUUAUUAGUCUAUAGGCGACUGCAACCUUUGUGCUACAUACACUAAUCGGUAGUUCAUUCAGGGGUCACAUAGGAAUUUGCCUUUAUCGGACUUUCAUGUAAAAUUAGUUAAAUUUCUAGUUCGGAAUAAAUGUU